UCUCUCUCUCUCUCUCUGUCUCUGUCUCUCUUUCUUCUCUUCGUCAGACUCCGUGUUCUAAACAAAAACCCCAACGCUAGCAUUGGUAUCGCACAAGCUGUUGCCGUGCGCGAUCGUGCGUUUUCGCGACUCGUUAUCGGCCAGUAGAUAACGCUGCAGACCAACGCUUCAACGUUGGCAUUGGCAAUCGGUGUGUUAGCUGGAAGUGUGAAGGUGCGCGAUACCGCUCGCUGUGCAUCUGCGCCCGGAGGAGCCAACGCGAGGCAAAAUGGCGGCCACGCACCUAGACGUCGGCCUCCGCUGCAUCAAGUACCUGCUGUGCGCGGUCAACUCUCUCUUCGUGUUGACGGGGGUUAUGAUAAUAUCGGUCGGCACGACGAUCUACGCUGUUUAUGAGAACUUUUCGCAUUUUUUGGAUACAAGCUAUUUUUCACCAGCCACUGUCUUAAUCGUGGUUGGAAUACUCGUCUUCAUAAUUGCUUUUAUGGGAUGUUGCGGCGCACUCAGGGAAAGCACCUGUAUGGUCCUUGUGUUUGCAUUUUUGCUGUCUGUUGUUUUGAUAAUGGAACUCGCCGCCGCUGUUGCUGCGUAUGCCUUGCAAGACGGUAUCAAGGAUCUUUUGGCUGAGAAUAUCAAGAUGACGAUGCAUCAAUACGAAAAGAACGAAGAAGCCAAAUUCGCAAUUGAUUUUAUGCAAUCUAGAUUACGUUGUUGCGGAUAUAAUAGCUAUCUAGAUUGGAACUACGUAUCGUUUAAUAAUACGCAUAUAGAUGUACCUGAUUCUUGCUGCGCAUAUCUAGUGGAUGAGCUUUCAGAUCGCUGUUAUGGGAAAUAUCAAGAGGGCUGUAUCAGCCGCCUUUCUAUCAUUAUUCAUCGUAGUGCACUAUACAUCGGCACAGGAGCUGUAGCGAUUGCCCUUAUUCAGCUAACGGGAAUCAUGUUCGCGUGUAUGCUUGGCCGAGCUAUCAGGCGUCAAAAAACAGAAAGAGAGAGGCGUCGUUGGGAAUUACGAGAGAAUCUAGUGAACGGUUACGAACCAUUGGGAAAAUCGGAUCCCAUAACUACGUUUCCCAUAGUGUACAUGGCGCCAGACUAUCCACUGAAAGGCGAUCAGAAAUGUUAAUAUUUUGAUGUAAAAAUCAAGUAACUGUAUAAAACCGUAUUUUUUUAUGUUUCCCGGAUUCACAAAGAAAUUUACAAAAAUUUAGUAAUGAAGAGAGAAAU